AUGGAAGACAUGAAGCAAGUGAUCCACUUGAUGCGCUCCAAGAAUUAUAUGACAUCCAUAGACCUCUUUGAUACAUUUCUCCAUAUUUUGAUCCACAAACACUUUCUUCCAAUUCCAGACGACCCCUUUAGGCCUAUUGAUUGUUCCGUAGCUCUUCACACAACUUACCAAAACAGUACUCAAGUGGGCCUAUUUCUCAAGAAUUUGCUUGACUGCAUACCUCAACGAUUAGCCCUUACUUGGAAAAACCCGGAAAUUAGUCUCCAACCAGAUGACUGCGGUCCUUCAGCAGUUGAAGGCUCUUGGUUGGUUAGUCAACGCAAAGACGUCUCACCUAACUCCAACAUGCCGGAUAGAACACCUGGGUUAUGUCUUGGAUACGGGUUUAAUGACUACCAGCCUCUCUGGCAAGAAGAUCCACAGCCUCCAAAAGUCCAUUCAGAUGCUCCCAAUCGAUACAAUGACCACUCUCAGAAAAGUUCACAGCCUGAUCAUGCACAUCAAGGCUGCGACACUGGAAAUUUUUCUGGCCAACCUAUAUACACAACAUCUACUUCGAUUCAAGAACCAGUCCAUUCGUUCACCACACUCCUGGAACCCCCUGAUUCUGCUCCCCCCGUCUUUCCACCAAGAGCUCUAAUGAUGGUUGGUCAACCUGACGAAGUGGAAUGGCAAGGCCCUCAUUACAUCCAAUGCUCAAUUCCAAAUUCACACAAAACACAUACUGAGCCGACUCAAUGUUCAAGUCAACUGGUCCACUUGUCGGGGCUUCACAUAGAACUUAUGAAGGAUACAACCAUUCUACUUCUGCCAGAUUCAAACAAACUGGGACUCCCACGACGUGGAUCUAUUUGCAGAUCGUCUCACAGCCCUUCUUCCUCAAUAUGUUUCUUGGAAGAUCAAUCCAGGGUCAACGGCAACCAAUGCUCUCUCUCUGUCUUGGACGACCUUCCAGAACACUUAUGUACACCUACCAUGGAACUUAAUCUUGAAGUCCCUACACAAGAUUCAUACCAAGAAAAUUACAGCCACCAUAGUAGUCCCCUUUUGGCCGAGCUCAAUAUGGUUCCCAUUACUUCAAUCUAUGGCCAUAGUCCCACCUCUCCUGCUAACAGCCAAGACAAUCGAGACCAUGUCACUGCUCACUCCGCAUUCAUUGGCCAACAUAAGAUGAAAGGUCUCUGUUUGGCUAUUGCAAACAAGGUUACCCUUUUGCAUUUUACUGCCACUGAUAUGGUUAACUUUUUUACCUUUCCUGAGAUUUCCGUCUACAACGUCAAUACCUUGCAAACCUUCUGCUCGGCUAUUUGUCAACUCCAUCGCAAUCCUGCUUCUUUGUCCUCUGACCCACGCCUUGUCGAUUUGUUUAAAUUACUUAAACGCUAUGCACCUCCAAUAGCUAUGUCUUGA